UGGAAGGGCAGCAGGCGGGGGGUUAUAAGCCCUGUCCACAGCAGAGGCCGACUUCACUGCCAACAUGAAGGUCCUGCUGUUUUUCGGACUGGUGGCUGCUGCCCUGGCUGAUGUCACGCGUUUUGAUGGAGAAAAAGUCCUCCGCCUGAAGCCUGUCCUCGCUGAACAUGUGACCCUCAUCAGGGAUCUGGCUGAGAGCAUCGAAGUGGACUUCUGGAGCCCUGACAGCCCUGAGCUGGUGACGAUCGACAUCGAUGUGGACAUUCGGGUGCCCGCCAGAUACCUCUCCAUCGUGUACACCACCUUGGGUCAGAGCAGCAUGGCGCAUGAGAUUCUCAUUGAGGACGUCCAGGUUGCCAUCAAUCGCCAGGCUGACAACGGGAUCAGUCCUAAAGAACUGCACAGCUACACCAAAUACAACACUUGGGAUACUGUCCUGUCCUGGAUCAACUCCAUCGCCUCUUCCAACCCUAGCCUGGUCAGCAAGCAGGUGAUUGGAAACACAUUUGAGGGACGCCCCAUGACUCUCCUCAAGCUUGGUAAAUCCUCCGGCACUACCAAGCCUUCCAUCUUUUUGGACUGCGGCAUCCACGCCAGAGAGUGGAUCUCUCCUGCUUUCUGCCAGUGGUUUGUGAAGGAGGCUUUGGAAACCUAUGGCAGUGACUCUCAAAUGACCAGCCUUCUUGACCAGAUGGACGUCUACGUCCUGCCCGUCUUCAACAUCGAUGGCUACGAAUACUCACACACGACCAACAGAAUGUGGAGAAAGACCCGCUCCAAGUUAUCUGGAAGCAGCUGCCUGGGCACCGAUCCCAACAGGAACUUUGAUGCCGGCUGGUGUACCGUCGGAGCCUCCAGCAACCCCUGCAGCGAAACCUUCUGUGGCUCCACCCCCGAGUCUGAGAUUGAGGUCAAGAAUGUGGCUGAUUUCAUCCGCAAGAACAAGUCCUCCAUCAAAGCCUACCUCACCAUCCAUUCCUACUCCCAGCUCCUGCUCUUCCCCUAUUCCUACUCCUACAAUCUGGCUGCCGACCACAGUGAGCUGAUGAGCGUUGCUCAGGGAGCCUCUGCUGCUCUGACUAGUCUGUAUGGCACCCGCUAUACCAGUGGACCUGGUGCUUCAACUAUCUACCUUGCUGCGGGAGGCUCUGAUGACUGGGCCUAUGACCUGGGGGUGAAAUAUUCCUAUACCUUUGAGUUGCGUGACACUGGUUAUCACGGCUUCCUGCUGCCAGAGUCUCAGAUCAAGCCCACAUGCGAGGAGACCAUGCUGGCCGUCAAGUACAUUGCUGCCCAUGUGCAGAAGAACCUCUAUUAAAAAGCGUAGCAGCCAGGACCCCUGCCAACGCACUGCCUCUGCCCCAGCCCCUAGCCCCUCCAACCUCUCAGCCAUCUCAUGCCCGUAUCUAUGGAUACGGACACCACCCGCCAUGUUUCCUCACUGUGCUUGACAGAGUGUCACGAUGCAAGUGCAAACAAUAAAAUCAAUGAUCCAUCCCCA